AUGCUGUCCCCACUCAUACCUCUCAUACCUUUCCACGCCAAUCUUCCCAUGUUCGGCACUCAGUCCCCCACCACAAGCCUCAUCUGGCGCAUCACCAUCAGCGGCCUCAUCAGGCGCACCGCCCUCACCGUCCUCGCCAGGCUCCCUUGCCCCACCACAUUCAUCACCAUCCUCGAUCCCACCAAAACAUGCACGUUUCCCACCCUCCACCACCUCCACCACCUCCGCCCCACCCCCUCAUCACAUCAUCACCGCCACCACCAUCGACACCACCCUAGCGCCCACUAUUCAUCCCACGCCAUUGUUCCACUCUUUGUGACGGAGCCUCCUGUGUCCAGGACCCACUCGAUUGGUUCUGUCGUCUCUUUUGAUGAUGGUUCUUGCCCAGCUGCCCCAAAGCCCUUUGAAGGUAUCCCCAUGCCUCCUCUCUACGUAAAGCCUGAGAAACUCUUUGUGAAGAACAACGAAGACUUUGAAUUGCCCGUCCCGACCGUUUCUCCCUCCAUGGCGGCGGACAAACCAAUUGUGGAGCCUGACGUCGCUGUGCUUGGCAGUGUCCCCGAUCGCUCUCCCACCAAGGAAGAAACUGCCAUUGAUGCCAUGCUGUCUCUCCGCUCUGCCAGCUUUGGUGUCUAG